AUGCUAGCUGUAGCGAAGGCGGAACGCUUUAUCAACUUCAUGCUCUGGCCGCUGCAGGAGAUGCUACGGGCAUCCGGAAUCGAGAGGCUAUCUCCUGCUACCGUGCAAACUGUCAAAUUAAUUAAUUGGGCCAAACAAAGAUCGUGCGCGCUGCGACAUGUUCAGAAACAGGAGUCUAGCAGCAGGUAUGAGUUAUUGAAGCUGACUGUGUGCUGGGUGGUUGAGGCGUCACGUCAUGGCACGUCACGCGUCCCUCGCGCAUGCGCUGUGGAGCACUUGCGCCCGCGCCACGGGACAGCGCCGCCACCCGCUCCACUGCAUCGUGUCGCCGCUAUCGCUUUCACGUCGUGGUUAUCGCCCCAGUGA